AUGGCGAAGGUCACAUUGCAGAGCUCAGAAGGGCAAUUGAUUGAAGUUGAAGAGGGCGCUGCUUUACAGAGCGAGUACAUCAACAAAAUGUUAAUAGAGAAUACAAGUGCAAGGGCGCAGGGCUCCCUUUUUUGGUGUAUUGUCGUCCCCAAUGUUUCCAAUGAAAUUCUAAAGAUGGUAAUGAACUACUGUGAAUACCAUUUCCACAAUAAUACAUACAAUGAAGAUGUGAAGAAUUCGGAUGAUGAAUUUGUGGAAGGGCUUAAAACUGAUGGAAUGAAGCUCCUCAAUGUUGUUUAUGCUGCAAAUGAGCUGCGUGUGAAGAGUCUUAUGAAGUUGACGUGCAAGGCUGUGUCUGACAUCAUCAAAGACAUGAGCAUCGAGAAUGUUCGACAGUUUCUUGGCAUCCAAAAUGAUUUCAGUAAGGAGGAAGAGCGAAAGAUCAGGCAAGAAUAUGAAUGGACUUUCCAUGGAUUUUAG